ACACAUUCUCGAAUUCCAGAGGCAAACACUAGGCAGCAAAAUGCGACCUACGUUGUACCUCUGCCUAAUGCUGAUGCCGUGCCUUCCUCUCUUGCUGGGGUGCCAUGCUGUGCGCCAUGGAGGGAUCUCACUGGGGUCCCAACGCAUGGCCCUCCUCCACUGGAAAGCUACACUUGCGAGUCCACCGCUGCAGAUGAGCUCUUGGCAGGAAAAGACCAGCCCAUGCAACUGGACGGGCAUCAUGUGCAUGGCUGUUCGCCAUGGCCGCCGCAUGCCUUGGGUGGUGACCAACAUCUCCCUGCCGGAUGCUGGCAUCCGUGGCCAGCUUGGUGAGCUCAACUUCUCGGCUCUUCCGUUCCUCACACAUAUCGACCUUCACAACAACAAUCUCCAUGGUGCACUACCCGCUAGUAUCAGCUCCCUGACAGCACUUUCGGUACUUGUCCUUCAUCACAACCAGCUCAUAGGAAAAAUUCCUUAUGAGAUUGGUAGCCUAGAAAGUCUAAGGCUUCUUGAACUCUCGUUUAACAGACUCACAGGACAUAUCCCUCCGUCUCUAGGUAACCUAACAAUGUUAACUGAUCUUCUCAUUAACCAAAACAUGGUAUCAGGUCUCGUUCCUGAGGAGAUUGGAAGGCUUGUCAACCUACAUACUUUACAGCUAAGCAACAGCACCUUAAGUGGCAUGAUACCAAAAACCCUUGGAAAUCUAACCCGACUAAAUAUUUUGUAUCUGUUUGGUAAUCAGCUUUCAGGGCCUAUACCCCAAGAGUUAGGCAGGCUCGUCCGUUUGAAAGUUCUUGGGCUUAAUUCAAAUGAUUUUUCAGGUCCAAUUCCAAUCUUCAUAGCCAAUCUCACUAAGAUGAACCAACUUUUUCUCUAUGAUAAUCAAAUAACAGGCUCGAUACCCCCAGAACUAGGAAGCCUGACUAUGCUAAACCAACUUGUUCUCCACGAAAAUCAAAUAUCGGGUACAAUACCCCCAGAAUUAGGGAACCUCACUAUGCUCGAUACAUUUACUCUCUUUACAAAUCAAAUCUCAGGCCUAAUACCUAUAGAAUUGGGCACCUUGAUGAAUCUCCGGUUGUUAGACUUCUCCAACAACCAAAUAACCGGUAUCAUCCCUCAAGAGAUUGGCAAUCUAGUGAACCUCAUAUAUUUACAAUUGUCUUUGAACCAAAUUUCGGGAUCAAUACCAAUAACUUUUGGGAAGUUGCAAAGCCUCCAAAAUCUAGAGCUCUUCAAUAACAAGUUAUCAGGUUCUCUUCCUCAAGAAUUUGGGGACCUCAUAAACCUUGUUGAACUUGGGCUAGAAAGAAACUCACUUUCAGGACCUUUACCCGCAAAUAUAUGUUCAGGUGGCAGACUUCGAUAUUUCAAUGUCCAUACUAAUAAAUUCCAUGGCCCCAUUCCACGGAGUUUAAAGACAUGUACCGGUUUGGUUAAACUUUCCCUUGGUAGCAACCAACUAACAGGAAAUAUAUCUCAGGAUUUUGGUGUGUAUCCACAACUCAAAUGGAUGGUCUUGUCAGCAAAUAGACUCUCGGGACAGAUCUCACAAAAUCUAGGUGCAUCUAACCAGCUAACAAUGCUACAUCUCCAAAAAAUAUAUGAUCACAGGUUCCAUACCUCCAAUCCUUUCAAAAUUGUCCAACCUAGUAGAGCUAACACUCGAUUCUAAUCAUCUCAGCGGUGAGAUUCCACCAGAAAUCUUCAGUUUAGCAAAUCUAUAUAGCCUCAACUUAUCGUCGAACCAAUUAUCUGGAUCCAUACCUACACAGAUAGAAAAGCUAAGCAAUCUAGGAUACCUUGAUAUAUUUGCCUGGUGCGAUAGGAAAUAUAGC